AUGGGAGGAACUGAUGAUGAUAAAGUAAGAGUGAUUCAGACACUGCUAUUUGUUGAAGGGAUUAAUACACUUUUACAAAGACUGUUCGGAACUCAACUACCUACCGUUGUAGGCGGUUCUUAUGCCUUCAUGGUUCCCAUCAUAUCAAUAAUUCAUGAUACUUCUUUGCUGAGUAUUGAGGAUAACCAUAUGAGAUUUCUAUAUACUAUGAGAGUUGUCCAAGGUGCACUAAUAGUAGCAUCAAGCAUACAAAUUAUCUUGGGAUACAGUCAAAUGUGGGCUAUUUCCACCAGGUUCUUUACCCCCCUUGGAAUGGUUCCGGUUAUUGCACUAGUUGGCUUUGGCUUGUUUGACAGAGGCUUCCCUGUGCUUUGGCUUGUUUGA